AUGCUACAGUCGAGACCUGUCACCAAUUUGGACAACUCGUACACGGAUUAUGAGAUUAUGCACGAAAUGGACAGCCCCCACCAGACUGAGUUUGAGAUCUACUCCCGGGCCCACUGGGGCGAGAACUUUCCCGGCGCCUCCUCCUGGUUGGUCUACACCUGGACUAAUGCCAACAAAAGUGGAUUUUUUAGUUUUGGUCUCGAAUCGGGAAUGUUUACUGAGGAGGACUACAACCCCUUUAGUCCGACAAUGGCUGUCCAAUACAACCAAAUGAUGUUUAACAUGACAAAUGGAGGCAUUGAUAUAUUCAGCGAUUAUCCGGAGUCAGAUCGGGCGAAACAAUUCGUUAUCGCCUUCUUUGGGCAUCACAUCGACGACAAGGAUGUGUUAGAAGCGUUCAAAGACUUGAAGAAUGAGAAGAAGAAGUUAUCGGUUUAUACGAAGAUUAAAGAUUCCACGCGAUUGAUAAAGUGGCUACUGUUUGGUCCCCAAUAUUUGAUCCAGGGCAAAACUCAAUACAUGGAGCACUUGAAGUUUGAUAUUGUGUCUGAAAUGAAAAACUUAUCCAGCUCUAAGGAAAUGUUAGAUAAGAUUAUAGAUAAUUUCCACGACGUGUCCAUGGUGCAGUUUCAGCAUCAUGCCCCCGUGUCUAUUGGCUCAACCAUUAAGCACCUGUUUUUAAGAAGUGCUUUAGAAGGAGCUGAAAAGGAUAAUCCGGAGUUGGAGUCAGACUUCAAUUUACUGAUCUCGUCGUGUAAUGAAGUAAUCAGUGCUGAAGUGCCUAAUAGUUUGAGAGAAAUUGCAAAAUCAAUCCGAGAUAAGCAUUCGUUUAAACAAAUGAGUGAUGAAAAUGCUAUGAAAACACUAAUGGAGGGCACGGAUGAGAGCUCACAGAAGUUUAAACAGUUUUUGGAUAAACACGGCCACAGAGGGUACCGGGAGUUUGAUCCCAUGCACCAGCCCUGGGCUUACAAUCCUAUCCCUUGCAUUAAAAACAUAAAAGCACUAUUAUCGGGAAGUAAGUCACAACUGGAGCCAAAAGUAGCCAAAUCUGUGGAUCAAGUGGUGGAUGAGCUGAAGACUCCGUUAUCUUUUAUGCGAAAAUUGUUAAUAAGAAAACUAUGGCUUCCGUGGAGUCGGAGUGGUGUCGGCUAUCGAGAGAUAUCCAAAUAUUUCAUGAUUUGGAUGCAAAACAAGCAAAAGCAGGCCUUCCGUUAUUUGGCGCAACAAAUGGUCGCCGAAGGACUCAUACCGAGCGUCGACACCUUUUUCUUCCUGACCGCUGAAGAAGUGGAAAGCCUUUGCAACGGAUCCAGAGAUGCCUUAAUAUUAGCGAAAGUGAGGCACAGGAAGAGACUGUACCCCAAAAUGGAUAAAUACAAGUUCGACGAGUUUGUGAAGGGGCCAGACAUGAGGCCCAGGAAUUUUGAAGAGCGAGUUAUUCCGCCGACUCUGAGCUCCGGUAUGGUUCAGAUGAAGGGAACGCCAGUUAGUAACGGAUCGGUUAGGGCGAGGGUUUGUGUUUCUGAGGAUAUUACCGAAGCCGACAAUAUUCAGCCGGGAGAUAUACUGAUCACAUACUCGACAGACAUCGGUUGGAGUCCAUACUUCCCUCUACUGUCGGGUAUUAUCACAGAAAUCGGUGGAACCAUAUCUCACGGGGCAGUCAUNGGUGGAACCAUAUCUCACGGGGCAGUCAUUGCCAGAGAAUACGGUAUUCCGAGUCUGAUAGCAGUGGAGGGCGCCUGUAGUGCAUUCAAAACCGGAGAUAUUUGUGUUUUGGAUACACAGACUCAGACUAUCACUAAAGACCCUCGGUCCAAACACCUGCCAUUUAUUGACUAUACACCCCUGCCCUUAAUACUGGCCGUUAUGGCGUAUUAUUUGGUCAUUACAAAGUUUAUGCCCUGGUACAUGCAGGACAAGGAGCCCUAUAAUUUACGAAAGACCAUGCUCGUAUACAAUGCUGUUAUGGCUGUUGGAAAUCUGUGGGCAUUCACCACAUCUUUGGAAUACAUAGACUAUGGCCGAGUAUUUUUAAAUGUAGACUACCCGGGCGAUCAGACAUCAACGCCUGAGACUAGGAAAAUGAUUAUCCUGGGUUAUUUAUAUUUAAUAUCAAAACUGUUGGACUGGAUGGACACCCUGUUCCUAUGUCUGCGCAAGAAGUACACCCACAUAACACUGCUGCACAUGUAUCACCACAUAUCGGUGCCGGUGUUUGGGUGGCUUCUGGUCAAAGUGAACGCAUUCAUACCGGGGAUGAGACUCUUCGGUCUCAUGAAUUCGUUCAUACAUUUCGUGAUGUAUUCCUACUAUUUUUUGGCCGCAUUUGGACCCGAAAUUCAAAAGUACUUGUGGUGGAAGCGAUAUAUCACGCAAAUGCAACUGGCUCAGUUUAUCAUACUGGGAAUUUAUGGCUAUUUAUUCCUAUUUUUCCAGAGAGGGUAUCCCGUGUUCUGGUUAUACGUGGCCGCCCCUCAGCCCCUGUUUUUCUUUUAUAUGUUUUAUGACUUUUAUAAGAAAACAUACGUUGAGAACAAAAAUAGAGAAAUGAAUAAAAAAGUUGAAUAG